AUGCCAGCUUCUGUCGUCUAUCCAAAGUCGCACGAAGGCCUCGCUGCUGCUGCAUCCGCUGGACGACGUUCUGGUCCUCCACAAUUCAGUUCGGCCAACCAACUCAUUCUCUUCUUUUACUUGCUUGGAUACAACAAUGUUAGCUUCAUGGGAUGGUUUUGGGUAUUUUACACCACACUCUAUUGUUACCUUUCGGCAGGUUUCAAAUACGAUAAUGUCCACGAUCUCUCUUGGCAAGGCUUAACGAUUAUACAAUCGGCGGCUCUUUUGGAGGUGGUCAAUUCGUGGUGUGUUUUGGUUUAA